AUGGCCUCCUCACUGCCGGCACCGAUUAACCCCAAAUUCCCUCUCUCACGGCUAGACGACGAUUUCAUCGAGUACUACAACAAGUACCUAGCAAUCAAACCUGCUACCCACAACAUCAAUGUCGAGGAACUAAAGGCAAACCCCCAGAAGUAUGCUUCUCCAUGGGCCCGCGAUUUCUCGUACGAACCGUUCGUCAAUGACAUACAGCUCAAGUCCGAUGAUGGACAUGAAUUCACCACACGAUUGUAUCGACCAGAUCCCAGGACCUCUCCUUUUGGCGAAGGGCCUUACCCGAUACAUGUGAACUUUCAUGAGCAUCUAUUCGGAAAGGGGCACGAUGAUGCCUGGGCAGCCAUUCAGUGGGUUCACGAGCAUGGUCCGGAAAUAGGAGCGCGCCCGGAUUCAAUCUCAAUCGGCGGCAUUUCCGCCGGUGGUCAUAUCAGCGCUGUUUGUCAACAGCUUGCGCGUGAUGCUGGCAUCGAUCUCAAACUAGCCGUAAUCGCCGUUCCUGCAACGGUAACAGGCGACGGCAAACCGGAUGCCGCGGACUCACCCUUUCCAUCUGCCGUCGAGAACGAGUUUGCCCCUUGCCUCAGCUGGCAGCGCCUCGAGUUCUUCAGGAAUAUCUACGAACCCAAGUCUGAGGAGGUUAAGCAGGAGCUCAAUGCCCGGCCAGUGUUUAUCAGAAAACCCUUGGAGGGCAACCUACGGGGAGUUUGCGAUACCUAUAUUGCCACUGCGGACUGUGAUCCGCUGCGAGAUGAAGGCGAGGAGUAUGGUCAACGACUGGUGAAGGCUGGGGUAAAAGUUACGACGCGCAGAUAUACUGGCGUGCCUCAUCCGUUUAUGCACAUGUUGCAUAUCAAAAAGGGACAGUUGUAUAUUUCCGAUAUCUGUACGGCGCUAAAGGCGGUGCAUGGAGCUUGA